AUGGGCAUUCUCCUGGUACUCACCAGCAGCGAGUGCCUAUUGACAGUUCCGUCCGCCAAAUACCACCACCAAUUCCUCUGGUUUCCUCGCCUUACUCUCAGCGCAGACUUGACGUCGCCCGACUACUUACAUAAGAAACAAAACAUAAAAAAUGAGCAAUUCAAAAACAUCUUGCCUUCUGUGAUGGAAUGA